AUGUCUGAUAACAAAUAUUAUCAGUUCAGAAGUAUGCACGGAUACGUAACAAUCAACUUAAAAGAAAACGAUAAAUUACCUACAGAAAAUACAAUAAAAAAAGCUAUAGAGAAUUGGUGUUCAACUAAAAACAAAGAAGCAAAAAUCAACUACAUGAUAAUGAGCAUGACAACACGAGGACCGAAUAAACAUAUUCAUGCAUUCUUUCAAUUAGAAGACACCACACAUACAAGAAAAAAGCCGUUUAUACAACUAAAUGAUGAGAAAUACUUUGUAAAAUUUACUCCAGUUACAGAAAACAAACAUUAUGAUGGCAGUUUUAAGAAUAUAAUAGAGUACAUUAGAAACCAAAACAAAAAGCACCCAGAAGAAGGAGCAGUAAUAAAAGAAAUCGGCAAAAUAAAAAUGGACAGAGGGAGAUUAGGAGAUAAAGAUAUUGGAAAAGCUUUAAAAAUGCCAAAUCUAGAGGAAGCACAUGCCUAUCUAAAAGAUAUUAGUUUAAAAGGUUAUAUGAAUAACAUGGCCAAGUUUGAUUCAAUGUGGAUACAAGAACACGAUAGAGACAACAUACACCGUAUCCACAUCAAGUUGCAACCAUGGAAAGAAGAAAACAGCUUAGUAAAGAAUAGCCGUAUAUGGCUAGAUACAAUACUGAAUGGAAACAAAAAAGAAUUAAAACUCUAG